AACAAAAAAUAACCAUUCCACUGUUAGCCAAUCUGGGACGCAGCUCAAGGACUGUCAAGGGAGGCCAUAACAGCAGCUGGCAAAAAUAUUGACAGUUUAUCAAGCAACGAAACUCGGGAUUUGCUGUUUUUGUGACCAUAGCUGAGUAACACCGGUUAGGAUUGGAAGGUGCAGCCGAGCUAGGGUGUAGUGAAGUCGGGGAGAGGAGGAGGAGGGGAGGGUCCGGACAGGAGAAAAACAAAGAUGUCUGUGUAGUUCAACUAGGCAAAUCCUAGCGACCUGUCUGAACAUCUCUCUGAUUUUUUCUCUCCAAAACUGACACGUCCCGGAGGUCCAGUGGAUAGCGAGCUGACAACAGGGGGGGGAGAAAAAAACCCGUUUACCGACCAGCCGAACCGGGCCGUUAUGAACGGCCGCUCAUGCGCUGUCACGGCAAAUAACUGCGACUUGACAACACAAAAACAUCUCUGACGGGUUGUUUUGUUCUAGCUAGACGAGGGCGAGGACCGGAGUGUUUUUGUGAGCUUGUUAGCUAUAGCAUGUAGCUAGCUGAAUAUAUUCGUUAAAACUGCCAGUGAACAGCGCUACAUUUCUAUACGAAAACGACCAUCCAAAAAAAAAACUAUUUUGGAAAAUUACUAAAACGUCCGUUUGUUAAAUUCAACGCGUAUUGCGCAACAUUGCUUACUAACUAGCUAGCUAACUAGCUAACUCACUAGCUAACGUCCAUUCCAGCUGUCCUGGCUUUCCCUUGCCGAGCCUGGGGUCGCUAAAUCUGCCAGCUAGCUAACAGGUCGCUAGAUUACGCCUGACAAACACCACCCACCAUGUCCUCGAUGGAAGAGCGUGGUGAGGUGGGCGUCGCGGCAGCUCCAGGCUCCUCAGGCGGCCUGGGGGUUGGUGCGGUGGGGGCAGCUCUGGAGACAGUGGUCGGUGGGCCGUCAAUGCAAGAGGAGGUGGGCUUUCGAAGAGGAGAGGGACUCGGGCCCGAUUCGGACCCGGACGAGCCGCCGCCCAAGAAGCGGAUGAGAUUGCCGGAGGGAGAGUCGGGAAAGCUGGAAGAGAGGCUGUAUUCAGUGCUGUGCUGUACGGUGUGUUUAGAUCUGCCCAAAGCCUCCGUUUAUCAGUGCACCAACGGUCACCUGAUGUGUGCUGGUUGUUUCAUCCACCUGCUGGCUGACUCUCGUCUGAAAGAGGAGCAGGCCACGUGUCCUAACUGCAGGUGUGAGAUCACCAAGUCUCUGUGUUGUAGGAACCUGGCUGUAGAGAAGGCUGUGAGUGAGCUGCCCACAGACUGUCCCUUCUGUCUCAAACAGUUUCCUCGCUCCAGCCUAGAGAGGCACCAGAAAGAGGAGUGUCAAGACAGGGUGACGCAGUGUAAGUAUAAGCGGAUUGGCUGCCCAUGGAAGGGACCGUUCCACGAGCUACCGGCCCACGAGGAGGAGUGCUGCCAUCCCACCAAGACUGGCACAGAGCUGAUGGGCAUCCUGGGGGAGAUGGACCAGAGCCACAGCAGAGAACUAACCCUUUACAACUCUAUAUUCUCCCUGCUCUGUUACGAGAAGAUAGGCUUCACAGGUAGGCUAGAGGUCCAGUUCAGGCCGUACCGAACAGAUGACUUCAUCACCCGCCUGUACUACGAGAGUCCUCGUUUCACCGUGUUGAACCAGACCUGGGUACUGAAGGCCAGAGUCAACGACUCUGAACGCAAUCCUAACCUCUCCUGCAAACGCACCCUCUCCUUCCAACUCAUCCUCAAGAGCAAGGUGAACUCUGCUAUAGAGUGUUCCUUCCUGCUGUUGAAAGGUCCGUACGACGACGUGAGGAUCAAGCCUGUGAUUCACCAUCACGCGUUCAGCAACGACACCAACGAGACCGACUACGUCCCCCUGCCCAUCACCGACUCUGUGGAGUGUAACAAACUACUGGCCGCCAAGAACAUCAACCUACGACUCUUCAUCUUCCAGAUCCAGAAAUAGACAGCCGAGGAGGAGGAGGAGGAGGAGGGAGAGGACCGAGAGAGACGUGUAGAGGACGUGAGGGAGAGAGAAGUUUGAGUUUAAAGUGAGACACCACUGAUACCUCUUUAAACACACACACACAGCCCACGAGACCACAUAUUGAGAGAGUUAGGGAACCCCACCAUUUCAGGUGCUGCUUUUAGUGUUGCUUUGGAGACCGGAUGGUGUUGCUAGGGGAAUUCAUCUGUAUGGACUGAGGAAGUUGUUACUAUGGGGUUGUUAGGGGAGAGGGGGUUGUCGCUAUGGAGACAGGAUGGUGUACCUGUGGAGUUGAGUCGGUCUGACCUUUCACCCUUUGACCCCAGAGCCAAAGGUAGCUCAUACCCACCAAAGCAGGAUGAACCAUACGUGUGUGUGUGUGUGUGUGUGUGUGUGUGUGUGUGUGUGUGUGUGUGUGUGAUGAUACUCUGAGUAAAUGUGUGUGCGUAUGUGUUCCAAAAAUGUGAGCUUUUGAACUCUGUUGACCACUCAGCUCGUCUGUCCUAUAGAAUGGAAGGGUGGGUUACUUGUAUACAUAAACUCUGACCUGCUCCUAGUCUGUUUUAUUAGGACAGCCGUCCAUUUUGUUCGGAGACCAACCCAGAGCAGAGCCAAGAUGGCAGUGUUUUGCAUGCUCCUUUUAGUUAGUCCUUCAAAAAUGAGUUGUGAUUUAUAUAUUUAACCUCAAAAGUUAACUUAUACCUCCUUUUUUUAAAUUUAUUUUUAAUCCUGAAUAUUUAAAUUCCUUUGAACUUAGCCUUUUUUUAGUUUGGUAUUAGUGUGGCUGUGCGCUCGCAUGUGUGUGCACGGCGUUGCUCGCGUGCAUUUGUGUUGAGACAGAUACAUUUAGGGCCCUAGUGAUCACAUCCCUAUAAACAGAUACUUGCAUGGCCACACACACACAUACACAUACAAUCGACAGACCUCUUAGGCCUGCUCAGAAACCAACAUCUGUGUAUGUAUGUGUGUGUGGACUCCUCCUCCUGCUCUGGUAGGGCCGUGCUAGUACUGGAAAACCCAGAACCCUGAAACGGACCUGAAGGGAACCCCAGCUAGUGUGACAGACUGGGUUUGAAUCCGGUUUGUCUGCGUGCCACAAGACCGUGUUAGUCCUCUAAGCUAAAAGCCUAGGGCAUUAUCUUGGGGAGGUUCCCCUGUAGUAGGGUGGUUCCCCUCCGGAAGAUGGAAAAGAGAACCAGAACGGUCCACCGGGUCAACCCUGUUUCACAGGACUAAGGGCUUGGUUCCAUCAAAUCCGCUUUAGCCAACAUCUGCAGAGUGGUUGUUUUGGUGGUCAAAUCCACAAGUAAAUCCGGACAUUCCCAUUGGCUGCAUGCCGUCACAUUAACAGGGAUCCCAUGCAGCCUUGUUUACAAGUUCAACACUGGAAUGUGAGAUGUAGUCUACACCUUGAUUUAGGGAUGAAUGAAAUCCUCAUUUAGUUGAAUGAUUAUUAUUUUUUUUUUCAAUUUGAGCGUAAAAUAUUUCCAUAUAGCCUACACGUUCUCGUUGUGAACUUCUGCAGCGAGUGGGGCAGGUGUGGUGUCCUGACGAUGAUCGCAAGAACAGCUGCUCAGCGAUUUUUGAUGGCUCAAACUUAAGUCCCACCUCCAAAACAUCCACUAUGCCAGUGUCUACUGUUGCCGGUUAACUCACGAUCUGAUUGUCUAGACCGAGCUCAUGACUCUGGUUUUAAAUGGGGGGGGGGAAUCCUGCAUGGACCUUUUGACUUUGGGAACUGGACUUUUUUGUGUGUGUGUGUGGGGGGGGGGCGUUACUAUGGUGACGUGUUUAGAGUGUUAGAGUUACUUGAAUGAUGCUGAGAUGACGAUGUUACUAAAAAGUAGAAUCUACUGUGAUGGCUCUGUCUCUCCUCCUGGCCUAUUUAGGUUGAGUAUUUCUAUAGAUCUGACUCCUCCGGGCCUAUCUAGGUCUUGUAUUUCUGUGUUUUAAUGCUUUUUCGUCUCACUGACUCAUCUCACUAUGGCUGUACAUGUGCCUUUUAUUAAAGAUCAUGGAAACUGAGAA